UUCAUAAUGCAUGGUCUUCCUUCCUGUCCAUGGAUGACCAGUCCUAGUCACGAGUGUGUCACAACCACCUCUUUGUGUAUCUGAAUUCCUCCACCUGAAAGAAAAUUUCAGACCCAGGAUAGAUUAAUCAUCGGGUCCACAGCCCUGGCCGGAUGAGUGGGGGUGUUUUCAUCCUAAUGUUAUUCCCAUGUCAGCACAGAACUUGUGUGGCAGUAGAGAAAGAGGUCAGGCUUCAGAGUCAGCAAGAACUGGAUUUCAAACUGGAUUUGAGGACCCCCACCUUUGGUAAGUGACUUAUUAUCUGCGAGCCUCUGUUUCUCUCUUCUUUAAAUGAGGACAGUAAAUCCCAUACGGCAGGGUGGUGGGGAGAAUCAGAGAUGAUACAGCUGGUGAUCACAUCUGGUUUGUGUUUCCAGGGGCACCAGACUAGGGUUUCUGAGCAUGGAUCCAACCGUCCCAGUCUUGGGUACAGAACUGACACCAAUCAACGGACGUGGGGAGACUCCUUGCUACAAUCAGACCCUGAGCUUCACGGUGCUGACGUGCAUCAUUUCCCUUGUCGGACUGACAGGAAACGCGGUUGUGCUCUGGCUCCUGGGCUGCCGCAUGCGCAGGAACGCUGUCUCCAUCUACAUCCUCAACCUGGCCGCGGCCGACUUCCUCUUCCUCAGCUUCCAGAUUAUACGUUCGCCAUUACGCCUCAUCAAUAUCAGCCAUCUCAUCCGCAAAAUCCUCGUUUCUGUGAUGACCUUUCCCUACUUUACAGGCCUGAGUAUGCUGAGCGCCAUCAGCACCGAGCGCUGCCUGUCUGUUCUGUGGCCCAUCUGGUACCGCUGCCGCCGCCCCACACACCUGUCAGCGGUCGUGUGUGUCCUGCUCUGGGGCCUGUCCCUGCUGUUUAGUAUGCUGGAGUGGAGGUUCUGUGACUUCCUGUUUAGUGGUGCUGAUUCUAGUUGGUGUGAAACGUCAGAUUUCAUCCCAGUCGCGUGGCUGAUUUUUUUGUGUGUGGUUCUCUGUGUUUCCAGCCUGGUCCUGCUGGUCAGGAUCCUCUGUGGAUCCCGGAAGAUGCCGCUGACCAGGCUGUACGUGACCAUCCUGCUCACAGUGCUGGUCUUCCUCCUCUGCGGCCUGCCCUUCGGCAUUCUGGGGGCCCUAAUUUACAGGAUGCACCUGAAUUUGGAAGUCUUAUAUUGUCAUGUUUAUCUGGUUUGCAUGUCCCUGUCCUCUCUAAACAGUAGUGCCAACCCCAUCAUUUACUUCUUCGUGGGCUCCUUUAGGCAGCGUCAAAAUAGGCAGAACCUGAAGCUGGUUCUCCAGAGGGCUCUGCAGGACACGCCUGAGGUGGAUAAAGGUGAAGGGCAGCUUCCUGAGGAAAGCCUGGAGCUGUCGGGAAGCAGAUUGGGGCCAUGAGGAAGAGCCUCUGCCCUGUCAGUCAGACGGGACUUUGAGAGCAACACUGUCCUGCCACCCUUGACAAUUACAUGCGUUUUUCUUAGCGUUGUGCCUCAGAAAUGUCUCAGUGGUAACUCAAGGUCUUCAAAUAAAUGUUUAUCUAACCUGACAGUUGCAGUUUUCACCCAUGGAAAGCAUUAGUCUGACAGUACAAUGUUUGGAUUCUCCUUGAUAUUACCAAUACAUUUUCCCUGUUAUCUUGCACUGAAUCUUUCCUACUGAACACUUUUUCUGCACUUUUCAUUGUAAUAAAAGGAGUUGCUGUCCACAACCCUAAAACUCUUCUUUAUACUUGUUUCCUACCUGAUAGUAUCAAAAAGGAAGAUUCCUUAUUAAUCUGUCAGACUAUGUUCCCCUGAAAAUCAUGUUCCCUUCUAUGACUGGAGGCAUUACUGCAGUUGGAAGCUCAAUUCUUAAUAAGUGAGUUCUGCUACCUCUAAAUUCCAUUGAAUUCUCAGAUAUAAAGCAAAAUAAUGUCCUUAGAGAGAGAUUCUCCCUUCAUAAAAACAGUCUUAGAAAUUGGUUUUAUGAAUAGCCCUCUCCUGUCAUUUGUCCACACAUGGUCACACCUUGGCUUUGGUUUCUAGUAAAGACAAUCGUGGCCCCUUCCCCUUGAGAACUGGUAAGUGCUUAUUUAGCUCUUCCUGGACUAACGGACCAGUGAGGAGCCUAUAAACACACCCCACCAGUUCCAUUUUGGCCACUGGAAAUUAAAAUUGGUUUCAAACUGGAAAUUAUCUUGAAAACCAUUUAUUAUUCAUUUACAGAGUCUUUAAGUUGUAGGAGAAUUCUUCAUACUUUCAGGUUUUGUACAAAUUGUUCUGGCUGUAACUUUCAGUUAGUUUUGUGGCUGUUAACAUAAGAAGCAAAACUGAAAACAUCUGACUUUUCCAUGCUAAUGUCAAUUAUAGUAUCCGGAUAAUAACUUACAGUUGGUACAGAAUUCUGAUACAUGCUGUGACAUACAUGAACACGGAAACGUUGUGCUAAGGAAAAUAUGCCAGAUGCCAAAGAACAAUAUUGUAAGGUCAAAUUCUACGAGGUAUCCAAACUAGGAAAUUCGUGAACACAGAAAAUAAAUUAGGAGGAUCCUGGUGCUGGAUGAUGGAGAGAAUGUGUAGCCAUUAUUUAAUGAGCACAGACUUUCUGUGUGGAAUAAUGCAAAGUUCUUAAAAGGGACAGUGGUAACGGUUACGACUUAUUGUGAAUGCACUUAAUGACAUUGAAUUGUACAAAUAAAAUGGUGAAAGUUGUAAAAUGUAUGUUAUGUGCAUUUUACCACAAUUAAAAACAUUUAAUUAUAAAAACAGGAUCAGUACAAAAUUCAGGACUAUUCUCCACCAGUGGUUAUCCCUUCAACAGAUAGCUCAAGCAGACAGAAGAGACCACCAAGAGAAGAUGUGACAUCACAGCAGGGUCUGUGCUGAUCAUAGACAGUGAGGCUGCCCCUCAGAUUAACCCUCACUGAGGGGAGCUGACACAUGCAUUUUGAGUAUACAGGAGACAGUACAAAGUAGCUAUGAAAGCAAUAAAGAGGUCUAUAACAAUAAACAGGUGUAUAGUUUUCAAUUUGUCCAACCAAAUUUAUUGGUGGCUCGUAUCACAUUGUUCACAAUGUUGAACUCAGGUCCCCUGAGUGCAGAUCCAUUGCUCUUCCAGGCUCAGCACUCUGCUGAUGCUGAAUCCUAUCUGUCCACCCUCGAUUUCCAAAUGCCAUAGUAGGACAUAGCUGUAGGUAAGGGUUUCCUACAGGUUGGAGGAAGCAGGAAGGCAGUGUUUGCAGCCAAUGCUCCACGAAAGGAGCUUUGAUGUGAUGUCUUUAGUUCAGACUGAGGGUUAUUGAGAGAGCCCAUUCUGGGAGUCUGUGAUAUCAAUUGAACAGUUCUGGUCAAAGAUGUUGUUUAUCAUGAGGAAUUCUGUAGAGAAUUUUCACCUGGCAAUUGAAUCAAAUAAUGUUGGUUCUCACCUGGGACACUGCUUAUUUUGACGUUAGUGACUCUUUUUUUUUUGACAGAAGAAAAUUUCAAUUUUAUGAAAGCUUAGAUUCUGUCCCUGAAGCCCAUUCUGAACUCACUUGGCCUCACACAUUGCUCCACUACAGCAGUUAUAACAGUGUAUUUCAAUUGUUUGUCCUCACAUCUUUCUCUUCAACUGCACUCUGAGGUCUUUAAGAGCAGAGAACAUGUCUUUGAAUUUCUAGUGCAACAGACUAGGUGUGGAAUUUAGAAGAGUAUCAGUAACUAUUUUUCUCAAGCAGCUUCCACCGGAAAAUCACAGGUUUGUCCAGCAUCUUGAAAAGGCUGGCUCAGUCACCAGAUCUCACUGGAACUCCUACAGGCAUCUCGCACUCAACAGAGUGUCCUCUGCAGUUGGUUUUUCUGAGAAGAACGGUUGCCCUUCAUUGCAGGUCUGCUCACUGCCUC